AUGGCGCCCGGGGGGCUCACGCCCGCCGCCCCCGGAGGCGCCGCCCGCGCCCCGCCCGCCCCGCCGCCCCCGGAGGCGCCGCCCGGCGCGGGGGCUCCAUGCCGGCCGCCCGCCACGGAGGGGCAGCCGGCCGCGGCCCCGGAAGAGCCCGCCCGCCCCCGGGACGCUCGGCCGGGCCUCCGGGACCGCGGGGCCGCUUCCGGACACGCCCACAAACUGCAUCCGCCGCGUCCCGCGCGGACCACACCCGAAGAGGCCACGCCCACACGCGCGGGCGCGCAGGCCACACCCCCCAGGCCGCGCGGGCCCCGCCCUGAUCUGGCGCCGCCCAAGGCUCGCGCCACGCCCACCAGCCCGAGGCCACGCCCUCCGGCCUCGUCUUUCUCCGCACUUGGGUCCUCGGCCCGGGCCUUGGCCUCCGGAAGGCCCCGCCCACCACCCCGCCCACGGCCAGGCCACGCCCCGCGGACCGCCCCUGCGGAGGCCACGCCCCCGCCUCCUGUGCCUGGCCGCGAGUCGAAGCACCUGGCGCCUGGGAGCUGCUGUGGCUCCGGUGGUCAGCUCUGCAGACGUGCUGGGCCAGAGCCUCCUCCACCGGGCGGUGCCUGUGUGACCACACUGAGCCGCAGGACACGGCGCGAGACGGAGGGGCCCCGGGUCCUGUGGACUCUGUUUCCGUGUGGCCCCGACCCCAGUUCCUCUGGGGGUCCCAGUGUGGCUUUUGACCCCAGCUCCUAUGAGGAUCUCAGUGUGACCCCUAACCCCGGCUCCCCCAAGGGUCCCAGUGUGACCCCUAACCCCGACUGCCUCUGUGUCGGGAGGACACUCAGCCACCAGUGA